AUGCACCUGUCUAGAGCAGACAGCUCUGAUUCCUCACUCUCACUGCGCUGGGAACACAGUUCUUCCCACUCUGAGCUGCACCACUGGAAAUACACAGUAAAGAGUGAUAUUGGAGAUCAUGUGGUGGUCAUGAACACCAGACACAUCGCCUUCUCUGGAAAUAAAUGGGAACAGAAAGUGUAUUCGUCUCACACUGGCUACCCUGGAUCAUUCAAACAGCUCACCGCAGCCCAAAUGCACAAAAAGGACCCAACAGCUAUCAUUAAACUGGCUGUGUACGGGAUGCUUCCAAAAAACCUCACCAGAAGGACCAUGAUGCAACAGCUUCACCUCUUCCCAGAUGAUGUCCUUCCUGAUGAUAUUCUGAGGAACCUGACAGAGGAGCUUCCUCAACCCAGAGAGAUUCCUCGUAAGCUCAGCGAGUACACGCAGGAGGAGCGGGAUGCUUUCCCCAUGCUCUGGACCCCGCCAGAGGACUACAGGAUGAAAUGACCGUCAUACAGCAGUUUUCCAGAUUUUGCAUCUCUGAACGGGAGUUUGGGACUUGGAAAGGUUUAUCUUUUUUAUAUUGUUAAUGUGAAAUAAAUGAUGUCUCAAAAUAAUAAAUAUAAAUAGUCCGUUUGUCAACUU